AUGGCAACUUCUGAUCUAGAGAAUGAUCAGAUCAUUCCGGCCAAUAACAAACAUUUGCCGGCAGAUCAUUUGGUAGGACUUAAUGAUGUAACUUCAAAAUAUACAGUGAUCAAUGUAGUAGGUCCCAAAGCUACUGAACUGCUUUCUGAGUUAUCCAAUUCUGAUAUCAAUCUUUCAUCCUUCACUUACAAGACAGUAAACAUCGCAUAUGCUUCAGACGUUAUGGUAAUGGCAUUUACACAUACGGGUGAACCUGGCUAUUGUCUCUACAUACCUUCGGAAUAUGCGCUACAUAUUUAUUCAACCUUAAUGGCUAUAGGAAAGGAUUAUGGUGCAAGAGACGUUGGCGUUCUUACGCAACGUUUUAUGAGGAUAGAGAGAUUUAUUCCAUUCUGGGCUGAAGAAUUGACACCAUAUGUGACUCCAUAUGAAGCUGGAAAUGGCUACAGAGUAAAACUGAAUAAACCAGACUAUUUUAUUGGAAAAUCUGCUUUACAACGUCAAAAGAUGCAGGGAGUGACAAAGCGAUUAGUUUUAUUUGUUCUUGAUGGUAUGGAUUUGAAUAAAGAUGUUUGGGCAUGGGGUGGUGAACCACUAUAUCGAAAUGGUGAAUUUGUUGGUACUGUUACAUCAGCUGGCUAUGGUUUUCUAACAGAGAAACUCAUUUGCCUUGGAUUCAUUAGUCUCCCUGGAGCAAGAUCUAAGCAAGAGAGACAUGUUAUUACAAAAGACUUUAUAAUGAAUCCAACAGCCCAUUAUGAAAUUGAUAUCGCUGGUACUAGAUUUCCUGCUAAACCACACAUCCAUCCAUUGCCUAUACCAGUAUUAAGUAGCAAGUUAAACCAAAAAUAUAUUCCUACUCCAGUUACCUCGUAUCAAAGUGACAUUUCAUGUCACAAAUAAUAUUUUAGUCAUUUUUAUUAUAAUUUUCAUCUAUCUGGGAUUUAAGAAACAAAAAUGUAAACAUUAUCUGUAGUUUGCUAUAUGAUAAAUAAUAGCUUAUGGUAUGUUUAAAAAAGUGUACGAGUUAUGAAAUUAAAAUAGUAACUUAUUC